UAACAAACCAAUAAUCACCCAACUUCACCUGCAAUUUUGGAACUCUUCUGUGUAACUUUGGGUUCAUUUCUGCAACCACUUUUUACUUCCAACUUGCAAGAGCCGUAUGCAAGUUCUACUAUGAUUACUUCAUUGACCUUUGAAGGAUUUUUCUGGUCUUGAUUCCUUGAUUUCUCUUUCAACCGAGGGUCUCAAUUUUGCUGGACUGAAUAUGUAUUUGGUGGAGAGCAGAGGAGGUGCCAUAGCCUGCAUGUUGCUUGCCCUUUUCUUCUUGGGUACUUGGCCUGCUAUUCUGACUCUUCUGGAGAGAAGGGGUCGGCUUCCUCAGCAUACUUACCUUGAUUACUCCAUCACAAAUCUCUUGGCUGCUGUACUCAUUGCUUUAACAUUUGGGCAGAUUGGACAUAGUAAACCUGGCAUGCCAAAUUUCAUAACUCAGCUUUCCCAAGACAAUUGGCCCUGUGUGUUGUUUGCAAUGGCAGGUGGAAUUGUUCUUAGCCUUGGGAACCUGUCCACUCAAUAUGCUUGGGCUUUCGUUGGUCUGUCAGUAACAGAGGUUAUCACUGCAAGCAUUACUGUAGUUAUAGGAACUACAUUGAAUUACUUUCUGGACAACCGAAUUAACAAAGCUGAGAUUCUUUUCCCUGGUGUUGGAUGCUUCCUCAUUGCAGUUUGUCUUGGAUCUGCUGUGCACUCCUCCAACGCAGCAGAUAAUAAAGCAAAACUUGAUUUUUCAAAUAGUUACAAUAAUGGGAAAGGGAAUGUAGAAGCCCCAUUGGUUAAAGAAACAUUUCCAAAGAAAAAUGAAACAAAGGACGUGGAGGAUGGGGAUUAUUACCUGGAGAAGACAGAAUUUGGAACUGCAGACUUCCUCAUAGAACUUGAGAACAAAAGGGCAAUUAAGGUUUUUGGGAAGAGUAUUUUGAUUGGACUGGGCAUAACUUUAUUUGCUGGUGUUUGUUUCUCCCUGUUCUCACCAGCAUUCAAUCUGGCUACAAAUGACCAAUGGCACACAAUGAAAGAAGGGGUUCCUCAUUUGGUCGUCUACACUGCAUUUUUCUACUUCUCAAUCUCUUGUUUCAUCAUUGCCAUUAUCCUAAACAUCACCUUCCUCUACCACCCUGUACUCAACCUACCACGGUCAUCACUGACAGCUUAUCUGAAAGAUUGGAAUGGCAGAUACUGGGCCUUUUUGGCAGGGUUAUUGUGUGGAUUUGGGAAUGGUUUGCAGUUCAUGGGGGGUCAAGCUGCUGGAUAUGCUGCAGCUGAUGCUGUUCAGGCACUUCCACUUGUGAGCACCUUUUGGGGCAUACUGGUGUUUGGAGAGUACAGGAGGUCUUCGAGAAAAACAUAUUUGUUGCUUGGGAGCAUGUUAUUCAUGUUUAUCGUAGCUGUAGCUGUGCUCAUGGCAUCAGCCGGCCAUCGGAAUACAUACUGAUGAAUACCAGUUACUCCUACAACGCACAGAAAUUGGCAAUGACAACCUCAGCGAGUCUUGUAAUUAGUGCAAUCUCACAGGAAUUAAAUGCCGUGAGCAUGAAAAUAUCCAAGUUUCUAUGGCUCAAGUAUUUAUCUUUGAAUAGCUGAUGAGGCUCCAAUGUAUCAUCAUCACCGUUCAUAUUCAUCAUCUUGAAUAUGUUUGGUCAAUUCAUCUACAGUGUAUGGAAUUAUUUAUUUAUUUUUUCAUUUUCUUUCA